UCAGAGGUAAAAAAAAACCUGACUAAUCGUUAGGCUGAUACCUGUCCUUUGAAGAUUACAGAAGAGCGACAUCUGACUUCAAAGCAGUUACGUGACUGGGAGAUUCUUUUGAUGUCCCUAUCAAAGGAUCAAACUAGUUUUCUCAUCUCAUCCACAAGGUUAUGCACACUGAGCGUUCGAUGUUGUCAUUACAUAUUCCAGUGGUUCAUAGAGCAAAAAUGAGCGUAACCCGUGGAAUAUCGAGGAUGGUGUACUAGACAAAAUUCUCAUGUUGAUCGAACAUGCAUUUUCUUCAACUUCUUAUUACAUAAUAUUACAUUAACAAUUUAACAUUGUUAUUCUUAGCCUGCAAAAUGGUGGAUUCAGGGUUUGACGCUAACGGUUUUGGUUGGCAGUCCACAGGACUAGUUGAACAGAAUGAUUGAAUCGUACUGGAGGAUGCCCGGAGCCCUCGGUAUCACGGAAGCAGUAAGGAAGACGGCAGGUAGAGAGUUGGGGAACGAAGCGGAAGGGGCACCACGAUGGCUGUGGAUGCGGAGAGGAGACAGUAGCUGGAACCAACCGUCGGGAAGUAGGGACUGACACCCCUGCUGACCCACCAUCCAGAGAGAGUUCCAGGUUAGGGGUUGAAACCCUCGACGAUGGAUGGACCUGGCUGAUGACGACGACGGUUGAGCAGCAACAACAACAGUUGUAUUCAGGUAUCUGUACACAGAUCAUGUGGACGAGCAUAUGACGAAACAUGUGACCAAGGCCUUACUUAGUCUGGCCAAGGAGUAUCGCGUCAACAGACUCGUCAGUCACUGCGAGAGAUUCUUAAAGGAGAUCGAGAGUAGAGAAUCCCAUUGUGACAAUUUAAGGAAUGUCUCAAAAGUGGAUGAUGGAAAACAUCCAACUAUGGGAAGUGUGUUGCAGUCUUCUAGUGACAAUAACAUGUACUUGGUGAAUACUACACGGAAAACGUGUGUGAGUGGGAGAAACAGUUCAAGGAUAACAGAGACACCGCAGACAGCCCAGGAAAGAACUGAUCGGGAGACUAGCGAUACAUGUUCACGUGAUACAAAUGAAAUUCAACCACAACAUAUAAAGGUGGAAGUUCAAGAGGAUUGUUUUGAUAAUACUGAGAAUACUUCACAGAAUUUAUUGUCAGAAAAUCCUGAGGUCAGAAACUACAAUAACGACAGCACUUCACAGAAUGUAACGUUGGAAAAAAGCUAUGCUGACGACGCUUCGGGGAAUAGCAAUGAAAGUCAAUUGCGACCCAUCAAGACAGAAAUUAUAGAUGAAUCAUUUUGCCACACUUACACUGUUUCACGGAAUAUUGGAGUUGUGUUGGAAAAUCUUGAGGAUGGUAGCUACACAUUUCCUGCCAAUAUUUUACCAGACAAGAAUGAAAGUCAAACAGAACAUAUCAAGGAGGAAGUUUCCGAGGAAACCACAGAGAUUGAAACUCCUGAGAAAAGAAACUGUACUGUGAGUAAUUCCAAGGAAAUGAAGACAGCUACUUCACAGAAAGUACCGAACAAAACUGCAGUGGACAAAAAUGACUCGGAAAGAAAUUCAGAAACAGUAAAGAUGGAAAUUCGUGGCAUUGAAACAGACACGAAGAAUGUUUGCCAGCCUGUUGAUAAAGAGCUGGUUCUGAGGGUUGAGAAAGUUGUGCUGCUAACAAGACUGACUCCAGACAGUAGAGAAACGCCCGCCGCGACCAUUCAGACAACAGCCCCCCUACAGAGUGCACAAGAACAGGAAGAAGAACCACGGCCUAAGAGAUUCAAAGAGAGCAGUCUCAACUAUUUUCCUCAUCAAGAAAAUCUUCCAUGUCAUCCGCUGUUAGCAGCAUGCAGGCAAACGCCCGCCGCGACCAUUCAUAAUGCAGAAGAAGAACCACGGCCUAAGAGAUUCAAAGUUGCUUCAAAUGAGGAACUGAGUGAAUUGUUUGACGCCCGACACACAAAGUCUACGAAAAGGAACACCGCAUGGGGGAUGAAGAUAUUUCAAGACUGGAACAUAGAAAUGUUCGGCAGACCGCUUGAUAUGGCUGCAGUCAGUGUGACAGAUUUGGCAGAGGAGCUCCGAAAGUUCUACUUUGGUGCGAGACCGAAUAAAGGAAGCGACCAUGUGUACCAAUGUAAUACACUGAUCAAUAUUCGGGCGGCAAUCAACCGAUACUUAUCAGACACACAUAGAAACAUUGAUAUCGUCCGAGAUAAGGAAUUCAAACACGCAAACGGAGUCUUAGACGGGCUACUGAAACAACGGAAAAGCACAGAGCCGAGAAAGGCAAUCACACAGAAAACGGUCAUAGAACAAGCAGAUCUACAAAAGUUCUUUACCUACCUCGAAAGUGCCGAGUCAUCUCCAAUUGUUCUUCGCCUUUGUGUCUGGUUUAAUUUGUCGAUGCAUUUCGUUACAAGGGGCAUGGAGUUCCAUCAACAGCUAACGCCCGAUUCAUUAAUAUUCCAACAUGAUGAGUUCGGGGAAUAUGUUUCAUUAGCUCACGAUACACAUCAGAAAAAACAUCAAGGUGGUUUAAAUUACAAAGAGUCGAUGAAUGACAAACGUAUGUACAGUUGUCCCGAGUCUCCCUCUUGUCCGGUGAAAAUGUUGAGACUGUUAUUAGAAAAGACUGAUAGAAAUGCUACACAUCUGUUCAAUCAGUACAAGAAAGAAGCCUGCUUCUCUCCGACAACCACAAAGAUUUGGUACACCACAAAACCCCUAGCGACACGGACAUUCGCACGCUUCCUCUCCGAUAUGUGUAAGGGAGCUGAUGUUGACAAGCCGUACACGCCUCAUUGUUUGCGAUCCACUGCAAUACAUCAUUUAAACGACACUGGAUUUGAAACAAGGCAUAGCAUGUACGUGUCGGACCAACGGAAGGAUUUAUCUCUACGCUUGUAUUACCCUGCGAGAUCUUCAGAUCAAAGUAGAUCCCAGAGCACCGCGCUCUCUGUGAUGACAAGCAGUUCCUCCCAAGUCCCACUUCCCCCGGAAUUGAAAGUUGUUGUUUCGAAACCAGAACAAGCAACCGAGUCCACGUAGCCGUCCACAACAAUGAUACAUGUAUCCAUAUCUUCAAACGGAUUUGUCAUUACCACCAGCAACAUUACGCCCUAACCCGGAUUUGUUGUUCAUUUUUUCAAGAUUCUGACAUUAACGUCAAAACUUAUACAUAGAUAAGGUGACGCGUAUUUAUAACCAAAUCACUACCGUAAUGGUAGGAAGUGAACAUUCUCUGAAAAAUAAGGUUCUUUUAUUCUAUUCUUCCUUGUGCCAUUUUCGUUGCGCCAACGGGCGAUAACUUGAGGGUCCUUGUGUUGAUUUAACUCAAACUAGGUACACAUAUUGCAUACCAAUAUAGCUCAGACAAGUUCGCAUUUCAGACGUUUACUUGCAUUGUUGGUGGAGUUGUGCACAUUUUAUUGCCAAUUAAGGUCAUUGUGCAGUAAAUGCAAGAAGUUCUUUUAUUUUUGUCGAGACAUAGGUCCGGCGACGGCGGCGAUGGUGGCGUCAACAUUAAAGCGUUUGCGUUUAAGUUAGUUUCUCUGAAAGUAUAAGUGCUAGACCAACCAAACUUGGACCAUAGAUGCAUCUUAGGAAGUACAUCUCAACCCAUGCAUGAAAUGGUGGAUGCGGCCUACUUUUCAUGGUUCAUUGACUUUGUCGGCAUCUCCAUCAACAUUCAGUUUUUUGCGUUUCAAUUAGUUUCUAUGAAAGUAUAAGAGCUAGACCAACCAAACUUGGACCAUAGAUGCAUCUUAGGAAGUACAUCUCAACCCAUGCAUGAAAUGGUGGAUGCGGCCUACUUUUCAUGGUUCAUUGACUUUGUCGGCAUCUCCAUCAACAUUCAGUUUUUUGCGUUUCAAUUAGUUUCUAUGAAAGUAUAAGAGCUAGACCAACCAAACUUGGACCAUAGAUGCAUCUUAGGAAGUACAUCUCAACCCAUGCAUGAAAUGGUGGAUGCGGCCUACUUUUCAUGGUUCAUUGACUUUGUCGGCAUCUCCAUCAACAUUCAGUUUUUUGCGUUUCAAUUAGUUUCUAUGAAAGUAUAAGAGCUAGACCAACCAAACUUGGACCAUAGAUACAUCUUAGGUAGUACAUCUCAACCCAUGCAUCAAAUGUUAGAAG